ACAUCUCUUCUAAGAUCAUCCCUCAUCAUGGAAAAGCAGCCAACAUAAUCAAAUACUUGUUCUACCCCGGUCAUUCCUUCUUCUCACUGUUCUUGUCGGGCAGAAGGUACAGAAUCUUGAAAGCGCGUACUACCAGUCUCAGGAACAGCCUCCUCCCCUCUGUUAUCAGGCUUCUGAAUGGUCCUUCCAUAAGCUAGACAUUGUGUGUUGAAGGGCCUGUUCCUGUGCUGUAUUGAUGACGACUUGUUUUCUCUGUUGAGCGGCAGUGCAAGGUUGAUUUUCUGACCAGAGUGGAGCUUACUUUACUUUAGAGAUACAGCAUGGAAGUAGGCCCUUCGGCCCACCGAGUCCACAUCGACCAUCGAUCACCAAUUAACACUUGGUCUCUGUUAUCCCACCUUCCCGUUCACUCCCAACAUAUUGGGGCAAUUUACAGAGGGCCAAUUACCCUACAAACCCGCAUGUCUUUUGAAUGUGGGAGAAAACCGGAGCACCCGGAGGAAACCCACGCGGUCACCGGGAGAAUGUGCACGUUCCGAACAGUGAACAUGGUCAGGAUCGAACCCGGGUCUCUGGCCCCGUGAGGCAGCGGUUCAAUCUGCUUCUCCAUAUUACCUCAGAAAUAUUAACCCUUCCCUUUCCAGAUACUGUACACUGCCCGACCUGCUGAAUGCCGACAACGCUUUCUGUUGUUUUGUUGGCAUUUUAUGGUCAGACUCACGUUCCAAUCACCCAUUUAACUGGAAAAACUUUAGUUUAAGGGAAUGAAAUUUACCCGAAGCUGAUUACAAAUGACAUCGGCUUUCUGGUCAGGGCUGUGAUUGACGGGGCUGAGCUCCGCCUCCCCUCAGCCGUGCCCCGCCCCUUUCAUUGAUUGUUCCACAGCUCCGGGCUCCCCCGGGUCCUAAACCCCGUCCACACGUUGUUGUCCAGCCCCACUGACCUCCUCUGGCAGCUUGUUCCAUUUCCCCACGACCUUCUGUGUGAAAAUAUUGUUCCUCAGGUUCCGAUUAAAUCUUGCACCUCUCACCACAAACCUGUGUCCUCUAGUUCCCGACUCCACUACUCCGGGUAAAAGACUGUGCAUUCACCCUAUCCAUUCACCUCUUGAUCCCAUGAACUUCAGCCUCCGGCGCUCCAAUUAAUUACUGCAGGGCGUCAGCAGUUUCAGCGAUUGGGAAUGCGUUUUGAACCAGGAAGUGGAGGUUAAAAUGGCUGCGAAAGACCAGGUCGAUAGUUUAACCGAGGAGAUAGUUUGUCCCAUCUGCCUGGAUUUCUUCACCGAUCCGGUUACACUGGAGUGCGGGCACAACUUCUGCCGCUCCUGUAUCACACAGAGUUGGGACAGGGAGGGGAGAAACUCCUGCCCGGAAUGUAGAGAGGAGUUUACAGACCGCACCCUCAGGGUGAGUCGGGCCUUGGCGAGACUGUCUGAGAAAGCUCGAACACUGAGCCUGAAUCGGACAGAGAAGGAAAGUAAACUUCAGUGCGAGGAACAUCAGGAAGAACUGAAGCUGUUUUGUGAAACUGACAAGAAGCUGAUCUGUGUGAUUUGUGCAGGUGGGCGGGAACACAGAGAUCACCGCUUCAUGCUGGUGGAUGAAGCUGUUGAAACCUACAAGGAUCAGGCGAAAUCUUCCAUCCAGUCUCUCACAAAAAAGAAAUCAGAGAUCCAGCGAAUGGAGCAGCAACAGAAACAGAAGAUUUCUGGAGUUCUGGAACAAUCACACAACCUUCAGUCCAAGAUCACAUCCCAGUAUGCUGAACUGCACCAGAUUCUCACUGAGAAAGAGCAGCGCACACUGGCAGAUAUCCGGGAGGAAGAGAAGAAGAUUCUGAAUACAAUGGAGAAAAAUCUUGGAAAGAUUCAAGAGAAUUUAAAUUCCAUUCAGGAGGAACUCUUAAAGUUGCAGCAACAGAUGGAUCAAAAAGACAGUGUGGUGUUUCUGAAGGAGGAAACUGGUCGCAAGCAAAGGGUUCGUGAUGAAGCCAAACCACUGUCGGUGGUAGAUGAAGCCUUGCCGAUUGAAAAGUUUCAUUGCCCUGUUUCAUUCAACACAGCACUCAAAGAAACAUCUGAUGACUUCAAGCAAGUCUCCGUCACCCUGGAUGUGGAAACAGCGCAUGCGCGGCUCGAGGUGUCUGAGGAUCGGAAGAGGGUGAGAUGGACCGGGACCCGGAGGCGUCUCCCUGACACCGGGAAGAGGUUUACAGGCUGGCCGUGUGUGCUGGGAUCGGAGGGAUUCACAUCGGGGAGACAUUACUGGGAGGUGGAGGUGGCGGGGAGUCGGGGCUGGAGUCUGGGAGUCGCCGCAGAGUCUGUGGAGAGGAAGAGAGGGGUCACACUGACCCCGGAGACUGGAGUCUGGAGCAUCAGGCGGUGGGGUGACAGGUUUGAUGCAUUCACCUCCCCUCCAUCCCCUCUCCCCGCCCGUCCCAUCCCCGGGAGGGUGGGAGUUUAUCUCAGUUACGAGUCCGGGACAGUUUCAUUUUACGACGCGGACACCAAGUCCCAUCUCCACACCUUCACUGGGAAUAAAUUCACGGAGAAACUUUAUCCUUUCUUCGGGACUUGGGAUGGAAACAACUGGCUGAGAAUCUGCUCCGGUUCCGCUCCGGGUGUGUAAAAAAAAAUGUAAAUGUGGGAAGAGUGAAAUAAACAGCAACUGAAAUCAGA